GGAAUAUAAGAUGUCUGAAGUUCCAACAAUGUAUCCUGGUCGCUCAGUCAUAUGCCGAUUUUCUGACCCUAAACCGUGCUAUUCUUAUCGAUUUACCACCAUAUAAGAGUAAAUGGAAUACCCUCAAUAGCACAUGGACUAGACGAUUUAUGCAGGAAGUGAAGGAACUUUCAGAAGAUACUGUGAAGGAAAUUACUGUGUCAAGUCUCUACAUGUCCCAAGUGAUGGUGGGGAAACUCCUGGCAAGUCUUUACAUGCACUUGGAGCAUCAGGACUCUUCCUGUUUCCUACCAUUCGCGACCCGCCAUCCGGUGCCCGAAAAAAUUAAGGACUAUUGGGAAAAAAUUAUCCUUGAACGAAAGGAGCGGUCAGUAAAACGUACACAUCUCUCUGGUAGUCUUGAUCUGCUAGAUGAUGCUGGGAAGCAUAAUAUUCAGAAAUUACGCUCUCAAGGGUUUAAUGAAGAGAAGGAAGGAGAAUCUUCAACUAAAAGAGUUCGAGAAAGAAAACCGGUGAAUUAUUAUGAAAGCCAGACAGAAAUGGAUUCUUCUGGUUCAGAAUAUCAAGAAAAGUCAAAAAGGCCUCAAAGGAAAUCCACCGAUAUUGACGAUGAAAGGAUUUCAGAUAAACAAAUGGCCCAUUUCGAUCGCAUUUUCCGUCACCUAAACCCGGAAAAGAUGUGGACCCUUAAAUCUGGUCGUAUUGUUGAGAAAAUAAUUUACGAAUACGCAAGAACUUUAAAAUACGAGUCCUGUUUACACUCCUUCAUCAUUAGCGAUAUUGACGAAAAAGCAAAGUCAUAUUUUCGAAAUGAAGAAUGGGAAGAGAUAUUUUCCUCAAACUGCAAAAAAAUGCCAAAAAUCGACAAAUCAGUUAUUGAGCUUCUGAAAAAAUAUUCAGUAACUGAUCUACCUUCAUUUCGAAAAAUCAUUUUUGAGUCUUUCUUACCUACCGAUGCUUUAUACUUCAACAGGGAACACUUUGACUUAAAUUAUGUGAACCUUGUAUAUUGUGCCAUACAUACACUCUGGGAGGAUGAUGACGAUUUCACUCUGGAUUCAUCAAAAUUGGAAGGAUGGUUUCAGCACAACAUAUGGAGUUUUAUUAUUGAUCCUGCAUUCCGUAUUAAUUCAAGGAUUAAUUUGAUACGUGGAGAAGGUAUGAGCCUGGCAUCUAGCGAUAGAAAGAACGAUACAAGUUGUGACGCAGAUCAUGGGACUUCAUCUAGUGAUAGUCGUGAUAGGUUAGAAUUUGGAGCCAUUGAAGCAGGAAGAAAGUGGGAAGAUAGAAAUGGGAGAAAAUAUAUUACUGACAGUCUAAAACUAAGCAAAAUGUUAAGAGAUAUGCUAGUAGUGCUUAUAGCGAAAUGUAAAGGCAAUGAACAAAUUGCUAAACAAUUACAGACCGUUGGAAUGUUACAUAUAGCUGGUCAUAUAAAUGAUCCACCAUUAGCAUUCGUGAUAAAGGAUGUAUUAAGGGCAAAGGCAAUUAUUGUGCGGACAUUGAAAUUGGUGCAACAAGGAAAGUCACUUAAUUUUAAUAGCCUUGAUGACUCUGACGAUAAUAACAAAAUUGAAAGAUCAAACCGAU